AUGGUCAAGGUUAGCAAGACCCUUCACUCCUCGCGCCGCAAGUCGCGCAAGGCCCAUUUCGGUGCGCCUUCCAGCGUCAGGCGCAACAUCAUGAGCGCUCCCCUGAGCAAGGAGCUGCGCGAGAAGUACAACGUCCGCAGCAUGCCCAUCCGCAAGGAUGACGAGGUCACCAUCGUCCGCGGCGCCAACAAGGACAAGGAGGGCAAGGUCACCUCGGUCUACCGCCUCAAGUACGUCAUCCACGUCGAGCGCGUCACUCGCGAGAAGACCUCCGGCCAGAGCGUCCCCCUGGGCAUCCACCCCAGCAACGUCGUCAUCACCAAGCUCAAGCUCGACAAGGACCGCGAGAGCAUCCUAGAGCGCAUCAAGAUCGGCCGCGAGACUCAGGCUAAGAACCGCAGCAAGUAA